ACUGAAGAUAUUAUCGGCACCCACAAUAACUAAAGUGUUAAAUUUCACCACAAACACAUGUUAGCUAGCAGGAAAAAUUGACAACUGCUAAAAGAAUAAAGUACGCCGGAAAAUUUUUUAUUCGCUUUGGAUUUGGUUAUGAAAAGAGAACUUUUCAAUUAAAAAAGAUUUUUUCAAAGCCGAUCUUAAACUGCACUAAACAAAAAUGUCGGAUAUGCUGAAUUUAUCCAACAACGAGAAAGGAGAGUUAAUAGAACAAGUGAAACAACAGAUUGCCGUAGCUAAUGCACAAGAACUCCUAACAAAAAUGACUGAAAAAUGUUUUAACAAAUGUAUCAUCAAACCUGGUGUUCAGUUGGAUUCAUCGGAACAGAAAUGCAUUUCGAUGUGUAUGGACCGUUUUAUGGAUUCUUGGAAUUUAGUUUCUCGCGCCUACGGUAGCCGCAUACAACGUGAACAAAACAGAAUGUAGAAUCUAUUUAAUAUACUCCUGCGC